AUGUCAUAUAGGCCUCCCAUGAAUAACAGGCUCGAGGAAUUCUUUGAUGGUAUUCGUGCUGAGUUUGAUAAUAUCAAAACCGAAGCACUGGCCUAUCGUCUCCACAAAGACGAGUCAGACCACAAAUUUAACCAACAAACAAAUGAGCUCCAAAAAAUCAAACAGACAGUCUUUGACUUAGAAUCAGCGCAUCGUGCUAUGAAAGAUGCCUAUGAACAAGAACUUGUUCGACUUAAGCAAGAACUUGAACAGAAGGACCGCCAGUUGUCCCAUUACCAUCAACAGCAGCAACAACAACAGCAGCAGCAGCAGCAGCAACAGCAACAGCAACAUCACCACCAACAAAAAAUUGAAGCUGUAGCCCCUUCUCACCCUGAAAGUAUAAAUAGUAAUGCUCACGGUUCUCAAUUACAAUCACAACAACCACGCUCAUAUGGUCAAAAGUCAGUGUAUGGAAAUCUGCCACAGUCUAAUGGCCAAGCUAUCCCAUCAACUUAUGAUAGCCAACCGCCAAAACCUCAACAAUUAGCCCCUAUUCAACCUCAAACGCAAACACAAAAACUUCCACCGCCACAAAAAACUAGUGAUAUUCUUCCUAGCGAUGGGUCAAAGUCCCAUGCUAUUGCAGGUGCUGCUCACUCUGGAUACGCAGCUCCACAACAGCCUACACCACAACCAACCCGUACAGAAUUUCCUUCUCCAGCUCAGCCAACUUCUGCAACAGUUCGCAAGCCAGCAUCGCUACCACCACCCCAACCACAAGUAGCUUCAAUUCCUGCAACUCACCUGGCACCUUCUAAGGAAAUUGUUAAAGCCGAGCCAAAUUAUGUGCCAAGCAGCCAACGCGCGGCUCAUAAGAAGAUUAUUCCAGGUUUUCUCAAGGAGUUAGAUGCCCAACUUGUUCCAGCACAGAUGAAAAAGCAAAUGAGUGAUUAUUACAUUUUAUACAACCCAAAAUUACCCCGCAAAAUUGACGUUGAGCUUGCCCAUUCAUUGGACCAUAAUUCGGUUGUCUGUUGUGUACGGUUUAGUGCCGAUGGAAAAUAUUUGGCCACCGGAUGUAAUAAAACCACACAAGUUUAUAGUGUAGAAACCGGAGAACUCGUGGCUCGUUUAUUAGAUGAUAAUGUUACACCUGGCGGAUGUGUUCCUGGGGCUUCUGGUGCUAACGGGGUUCCUGAAGCAAACUCUAGUGGUGAUUUAUAUAUUAGGUCUGUUUGUUUCUCUCCCGAUGGAAAAUAUUUGGCUACUGGGGCUGAGGACAAGUUGAUUAGAAUUUGGGACUUGACCACUAGACGAAUUACUAAAUAUCUUAAAGGCCACGAGCAGGAUAUUUAUUCUUUGGAUUUCUUCCCAGAUGGCCGCAAAUUAAUUUCUGGAUCUGGCGAUCGUACUGUGAGAAUCUGGGAUUUGACUUCUGGUUUGACCCAAUUGACUUUAACAAUUGAGGAUGGGGUCACUACUGUAGCAGUUUCUCCUGAUGGAAAGCUUAUUGCUGCUGGGUCCCUUGAUCGCACUGUGAGGGUCUGGGAUGCCAUUACUGGGUUCCUUGUUGAACGACUUGAUUCGGAAAAUGAGAAUGAUAACGGGCAUAAAGAUUCAGUUUACUCUGUGAUUUUCACAAAUGGUGGAAGAGAAAUCGCAUCUGGUUCUUUAGACACUACUGUGAAGUUAUGGUCUCUUGAUGGACUUGCAGGGCCAAAUAGUUCCGCCAAAAAUGUUGCCAAUUGUGAAGUUACCUAUGUUGGGCACAGAGACUUUGUUCUCAGUGUUUGCGCAUCUCCGGGAGGUGAAUAUAUUUUGUCUGGUUCUAAAGAUCGUGGUGUGAUUUUCUGGGACAAGGCUUCAGGGGAUCCAUUAUUGAUGUUACAAGGUCAUCGUAACUCUGUGAUCAGCGUCAGUGUUGCUAAUCACCCAGUAAGCGGUAAUGGUAUGUUUGCAACUGGCUCGGGUGAUUGUAAAGCCAGAAUUUGGAGAUGGACCGGUAAUUGA